GAAAGCUUUGGCCGCUCUAGCCGUCAUGAUUCGCCGACUCGGAGCGCUCACAGGGCUGCUAUGCCUGGCCAUGCCGACGGUAGCGUUUGCCUUCCAGUCUGCCCCUCCAGCGACUGCUGUUCGAAGGACUAAUACUGCCUCUUCUACAGCCUUGACGGGGAUCAUGUGUAUGUCUUCAACAAGAGCCCGUGGACAAUCGAGUGAUCUAAGGCGGGUGGCCGACACAGGCGCCACGCCGAGGAGAUGGGAGGGAAGACAAGGGCGCGCUCUCUUGCAACAGCUACGUUCGGAGGUGGCAGCGGCUGGCUCGGAGGAGUCACCGAAGCCGUCGGAGAGCAGCACCACGGGGGGCGCCGCGGUUGACGACGGUAAAGGGGAGGGGGGCCCUAUCAAGCGGGGGUUCCGUCGGGUGGCACGGUUCUUCGGCGCUGGCAAGAAGAUGCCGAACGUCAAGGAGCUCGGGCUGUACGCUCUCCUGAGCUACGGGUUCGUGAGCAACGCUUCCUACGCCAUCUGCGUGGGGCUGGCCUGGUUCGCAUCUUCCAAGAAGACAGGUCUAUCGCCGCUUGCACCGGGACAGUGGCAAGUCUUCCUCGUCAGCUACGCCACACUCUGGGCCAUCAACAACGUUCUCAGAGUGCCCCGGUUCGCGCUGUCCGUGAGCCUUGCCCCAGCGUUCGACCGCUUCAUCGAGUUCCUGAUGAAGAAAUCCGGGAGAGGGAAGGGCGUCGCGACGGGACUCUGCGUCGUCUUGGUCAACAUCCUCGGCACGUUCGUGUUGCUGUCCACCGGAAUCCUCCUCGCCUCCAUCUUCUCGGGCGUCCCGUUCUGGCCAGCCGCAGCUGCUGCAUAAACAGCCAAGGCACGAGACACCAAUCCGCCCAACCAGGCAACCACCAAACUUUAACUUUGGAAAGGGCACCGUAAGAACACCUGAUGGUUUCGGAGACAUCGAACGUUUCUCAAGGAAUCUCAUGCGGGCAGGCGCCACGACGAGAUAAUUUUUAUCUUGCGUGUUGUCCUGUGGUGUCGAACGAGAAAACUGUGCUCGAGUAAGCGCGAAGACUUUAGUGAAGGGCGUGUUUUGUUUUUCCUUUCGUCCUGCCUGUUCCGGGUGCCAGUGUACGCAGUUCGGUGUGUGUUUGUUGUUGUAGUUUUGUGUAUUCCCAGACAUCGCCGUUGUGGGCACGUGCCGAACUUCGCACCACGGUUGUGGGGUAGGCUAAGUUCGUUAGUCCUUCCUUGCCCAACUUUGUUCUCGCUGUCAGGGUUAAUUUUCGGCAAUGGGGAAUCUUGGAGACUUCCAAGAUUAACUCUAGUUGAGUAGGUUGUUUGGCCUGCGCCGGCAGGAGACGAUGACGUUGUUCGUUGUUCGUGCCAUAUGUCUGUAUUAGAGCGCUUUUUUACUUUGGAUUGGAGGAAAAACAUCGUACGAUGAUUGCAUAGUGAUCGGUUAGUUUUCUCUGAGAAACUGGGAGUCAAUUGAACGAAGGUGUACCUUUCAAGAAGCUUGCGAUUUACUAUUUACCCUGUCCUGCUGGGGACCGUUGGGUUGUGCAAUUUGGCAGGUUUGACUGGCAAGGAAAUCGAUGCUACAAUGCUCCUGAUUGAUCUUGUCUACGUGUCUGUAUCGGAGACAAAAGUCGUCAGGUUGUAGGCUUUAUGCACUGACAGAGACCAUGACCAGUCAUUUUGUUCUAUUCUCUUGGUUGCUUGGGUUGGUUUUCUAUUUGGACAUGUCUUUUUUCGCUCUGGUGUUCUUCGAGGAAAAAAUACAACGACAACGUUGUGCUACUGUUAUUGGGCUGCUGCAGUGGCCAGUUCGGGGUUGGGCGCUCAUCUCGGUGAGCCGUGCUUUCCCCCUCCGCAUACUGAUGUGUCUUGCCUAGUAAUUUGUAGAUAUGAAGCACCCGUUCGUGAUUGGAAGGAGAGUGCUGGACAAUUCUCGCGUGAAGAAAUAAGGGAUGCAGCGCACAGGAAUUGAUAGUUGUUCCUCGAAGAUACGUUACGGAUCAAGAGGUCUUCCCGCGAGACGUCAACGUGAGUGCGCCGCAAUGAGAAUUUACGG